AUGGAGUCGGUGACAUACGCAUACCCACCAACAAGGCAAAAGCGGCAGCUUACAUUCCUCAGCUCCAAUUUAAACUGGAAUGAUGCGUCCUUAUAUUGCUCUCAGGAACAUGGUGGCAGCCUGCUGGAACACUCCUCACAUGCCACAGAGGAAAUGGUGUCUAGAUACUCAAAUGGAAUCUGGUCAGGCAGGUGGGGGAAUGAUUAUUGGCUGGGACUAUAUAUACAGGAUAUGUCCGGUCCAGUAUAUGAGUGGGAUGGAACUUGUGAAGUUGCGAGUACGAACUCAUACAAUCACUUCGAGGGGUCGCCCCCGUCUUCGGGUGACCUAGACAGCACGAAAAAGUGUGCAGUAGCAAAGAAAGAUACCUUAGAAUGGCGGUUCGAAAAAUGCAGCAUCGAAUACGUCGCAAUAUGUCAGACAAUUCUUGGACAAUGUACAUACGAAAGAGACAUACCUGUCGGAGCUUGUGUAACCGUUACAGUUAACAGUCUGAAGAUAACAGCUGCCGACAGGGAUGCUUGUGAAGCAUACUGCUCAAGUAUAAAUGCAGAUGAUCAAGCGAAUGGGGAGUGUUGGGCGGUAACCUUCUACACGACAACAAAGUACUGUGCCCCUUCGAUAAGUCGAAAACCUUAUGACUUCGAUACUUCAGGCUCCAAAUACAGCUCUUCUUGUAACGACAAUUCUUUGGUCAGCUGGAAAAGAUGUUUUGAAGGAAAUAUAUCAUUGGAAGAAAAAAUAGCCAGGCUUCAGGAAGAACUUACAGUGGACAUAAAACAAACAUCGUCGUACAUCCGUAAACAUAUCAGUGCCUCUGACGAACGACCAAGCGCCAAAGGUAUAGGUAUGGUCCUAGGAGCGGGCAUGUUAAAAGUUGACAAAAUGGUGCUUUCAACACAGAGGAUGAAAGUCGAGUCCAACAAAUAA